AUGCCGAAUUCUGCGUCCAACUCCGUUAUUCUCCCUCUCGAACUUGUAGAUGAAAUUGUUGGUAUAGCUGUCCAACCAUAUUUUGGACUGAAAACCCAUUCGGCACUUGCGCUCACAUCCCGCCGAUGCCAUAUGCGCGUAAACGUCUCGCGGUUCGCGACUGUGCGUAUUGGCACCGGCAUUGGUCUAAAUGUGGGGACUCUUGUGGAUCCGAGCAGCGCUAGUGUCCCGGGGCAGGAUUUGGACUUGGAGAGGAGAAUGGCUUCGUUUGCACAGCUGAUUCGCGCUGAAGAUGAUUUGGGUAGCGGGACUGCUUUUCCAGGUGUGUGUGGGUUUGUGAGGGAGUUUGUGCUGAGGAUUGGGGAUUGGAGGGGGAAUGAGGAGGUUGAGAGGUCUUUUGGGGAUAGUGAGCUGCGGUUCAUUUUGCGGAGGGUGUUGCUGGAGGACAAGAAGGAGGAGGUUGGCGGAUCUACUACUUCUACCCAGGAGAGGUGCUCAUUUGUUUUGAGCUUGCGGUAUCCGCUGAUACGGUCCUCUGGGGUGAUGCAAUCUAUUAGGGAUUUGAUGCGGUCAGAGUUGUCAAAGGUUAAUCGUCUGUUUCUGUGUAACGUGCAUGGACUACAGAGCGGAUUUCUCUCGGGAAGCGGUAUCAGACACCUUGUGUUAUAUCGUGCUCUGGCGGCAGCAGAAUCAGAUUUGGAUGAUAAUACGUUUGUCAAGGAAGAAGAAGCUGAAAGGCAGAAUGUGCUGUGUCCGUUGGAGUCCUUGGAAACUGACCUGUGUUUGACGCUGGCUGAACACACCGCGCUUUUCCAGGGUGUUGGGCGCCAGAGAAUUCUGGACGGUGUGAUGUUUCCGUGUCUUACGCGGCUCAAGUUGCACUAUAGGUAUAUCCACACGAGGGAGUUCAACGUUGUGGCCAAUGAGUUCCUCUUGAAUGCGCCGCUCCUUGAAGAGUUAUUUGUAGACAACGGGGAUAAACUUCAAGUGAUGAUAUGGCCAGCGCACCAUGUGCUGCCUCUGCGCUACACCCACCUCACCAGGCUGCGGUCCAUCACACUCGGCACGCGCAUGCCGUACAAGCAGAUAGAAAUCCUUGAGUGUUUAUUCGCUCACAAUGAGCCCCCUAAGAGCUUGUCGGAGAUCGGCAUCGAGGCGCAGAUAGAGAUGCGCAAGGGGCUCUCGUAUGGUGUCAAUGAGGCGGAGAGAUAUGUCAGGGGGCUCAGUCUGGAUAGGAUGAAUGCGUUUCUGAGCAGACCGGGCUUUGAACGGGUGGACAAGGUUGUUUUGAGACUCGGUAUGGCUUUGGAUGUAUAUGAGUUGGAUGACUUGGAUGAAGAUUCGCCUACGGUCCCGUGGAGGGAAGCGUUGAGGAGGGCGGUGAAUCGCCAGUUGGAGAUGAAAGCGUUAGAAGUGAAUGUCCAGUUGGAGUUAUAUGACCACUGGCUUUAUCCCGUUGCGAGCGCCUCUUACGAUUUACCACCCAUGUCCCUGGACACUAAUACUGUCGUUUUGCCCCUCGAGGUUCUCGAUGAAAUCAUCUACUUGGCUGUGCAACCUUGCUAUGGACUAAAGACGCAAUCGGCUAUCGCGCUCACAUUUCACCGAGGUCGUAUGUACGCUAACAAGGCCCGUUUUUCGACUGUACACAUUGGGAGAUAUCGCAUGUCGGAUUUGCAGAGCGACGAUACCGUCACAGUGACGAAUUACCUCGAGAAGAGGGUAUCAUUUUUUGCGGAUUUGAUUCGGGCUGGAGAUGAAAUACGUACCAUGCCGGGGGUUUGCGGGUUCAUUCGGUCUGUUGUGCUGAGGGUUCAAGAUUUGACGACAACAAUGGAUCCAGGGCAUGAUAAGGUCUUCAUAAAUGCAGAUUUUCAGUUUAUUCUUGACAGAUUGUUUCGGAUUCUGCCACAGAAUUUGUCUUUUGGCGUUGCGUGCCCCACUCGUGUCGAAUGUUCGUUCACUUUGGGCUUGCGGUAUAUUUGGAUGCCUUCCGCUACGGUGUUUAAAUCACUCAAGCACUUUUUUUAUUCCUCGCAGCUUGACCGUCUAUCUCUUUAUAACGUUCUAAGGCUACCAAAUGGACUACUCUCGCAAUGCAAUAUCAAACACCUUGUUCUGUACAAGGUAGUACAGGUAUCAGCUGAUCCAAGUUUAAUUGAAGAUUUGGAUGGUACGCCCCAUUUAGAUUCUGAAGAAGAAAGGAACCUUGGGUCAUGUCCGUUGGAGUCCCUUGAAACCGAUAUGAGUAUGACGUUAGAUGGACAUUUUGCACUAUUCAGUUCCUACUCCUCUGGUGUUAUACAUCGUCUUCCAGGCCACGUCGUGUUUCCGUGUCUUACAAAGCUGAGGCUGCAUCAUAAGCGGAUUCACACUCGCGAGUUCAACAUAAUGGCCAACGAAAUACUCUUGAAUGCGCCUGCCCUCGAAGAUUUGUUUAUAUACAACGGGGAUUACCUACCAAAAAUUUUGCAUUCCCCAGAACGCAGCGUGUUACCUCUACGAUACAGUCAUCUCAUUAAACUCCGGUCAUUCUCAUUUGAAUCGUACAUACCAACCAAUUUGCCUAUAGAGAUCCUCAUGUGUCUCUGCGCGGACAACCCUCCCCCAAGCUUGAGUGAGAUAAUCUUGGAGGCCACGAUAGAUCUACGCAACGGACUCUCAGAGGGUGUCAGACAAGGAGAAAAUUAUAUCAGGUGUCUCAGUCUGGACAAACUGGACGCAUUUCUGUGCCGACCGGGCUAUGAGCAAGUGAGAAAGGUCGUUGUGAGACUCCGUAUGGCUAUGGAUAUAUAUCAACCGGACAGAGAGUUGGUUGAGGGUGGUGUGAUCCUGUUGAGGGACACCGUGAGGAAAGCAGUGGCCCACCAGUUGGAGUUGAAAUCCCGGGAUCUAGAGCUGAAUAUUCAAUUGGAAUUUUAUGACCAGUGGCUCUAUCCAGAUGAGUCAUCCUGGGGAGUUAAACGUUUUAAUGUUUAG